AUGCUUUCGCUGCUCUCGCGCACCGCCUCCAGCGCCGUCUCAGCGGCCCGCGCUCGACCUUUCCCCGGCGCCACGUCCCGACGGGCUUUCGCGGCUGCCGCUGCACCCUCUGUGGCGAACGUCGAUAAACUGACACGCACCCGCCAACCCGUGGAUUGGAGAACAUUGGACGCCGCUGUCAUGACAAAGUCGGCUCAGCUGCGCAAUGAAAAGCAGCAAAAGACCGGGCCGACUUCAGUAGCCGAAACAUGGGCCGACCUGAGUGAUAAAACAUUGGGGCGCCUGGGUCCGCCUCCUGGCAAAUAUGCUGGUCGCAGCGUUGAGGUUCAGAAGGGAGACUUGGCUAGCGCACUGCGUCGGCUGAACACUAUCCUCUUCGAGAAUCGGGUUCACGGGGAGCGUGUCCGCAACCUUCGCCACGAAAAGAAGGGCUACAAGCGGAGACGGCUUGCAAGCGAACGUUGGCGGCGCCGGUUCGCUCAUGAGGUCAGGACGAAGGUUGAGCUUGUCAAGACGAUCAGGCGAAGGGGUGCAUGA